CACGUUACACAACAUGACGUUGCAAAAUUUAAAAGAUAUCACAAACAACUUUUGUGAGAAGAUGAUAGUAGGAAGGGGUGGUUUUGGUGUGGUAUAUAAGGGUUUGCUAGGUGAUGGGAAAAUGAUUGCAGUCAAGAAGCUUGUGCAAUCAAUAUCGGGAUCCCAAAAGCCAUUUGAGAAUGAGAUUAAUCUUCUUAUGAAGCUGAAGCACCCAAAUAUAGUGCAUCUAGUAAGCUAUUGCUAUGAAACGCAACACUUACAUAAUACUUAUGAAGGAAAAUUAAUAUUUGCUGAGAACACACAAUGUUUGCUUUGCUUGGAAUAUUUGCCUAAUGGAAGUCUUGAAAAGUAUAUUACAGAUGCAUCAUGCGGACUUGAUUGGCCCACGCGCUACAAAAUAAUUGAGGGGAUUUCCUAUGGUCUACAAUACCUCCAUGAGCAAGACGGCGGUCCAAUUAUCCACUUGGACCUAAAACCCGGGAACAUAUUGCUAGAUGAACAAAUGUUGCCAAAACUUACCGACUUUGGUCUAUCGAGACUGAAUGAUGAAAAACAAACUAUUCGCACAAAAAAUAUUAGUGGAACGUUAGGUUACAUGCCACCGGAAUACCUACAGGGUAUGGUCACACCUAUGUCAGAUAUAUUCAGUUUGGGUGUAAUAAUCAUGGAGGUAAUAACGGGACAGAAGAAGUACCUAGAUGAUAUUGGAACACCUUCCACGGUCUUCAUUGAGCUUGCGCUUCAGAAAUGGAGAGAUGUGUUGCAAAAAGGACCAAGCUAUACAUCACUACAAAAAGACUGCCAACAAAUAAAAAGAUGCAUUCAAGUUGGUCUAAUGUGCCUAAAUCCCGAGCGGACAAAAAGGCCUACAAUGAAGAAAAUUAUUGUUAUGCUUCAAGGGCUGGAAAGUAUUAAUUGGGACAUUACCAACGGUUAUCAAGCCACGCCAUCGGUGGAGGAGCCAUAG